AGAACACUUAAAGUGGAAAAGGAAAAAGAGACAGAUAGACAAGCAAAUAUAGGUGGGAUGAGGACAAAAAAGUAUGGAAAAGUGCAAGCAAAAGAGAAGAAAAUUGCACUUUAGGCUCCAUUAGCAUUGUCUCUAGUUAACCGUAAGAAACAUCUCCUGUCUCUAUCUCUCUUACCUGUAUAUUGGACGCAACAGUUGGAGAAGCAGCGGAAGAUUAGAGUUGCGUCUGUAGUUGCAGAUAGAGACACCCAAGAGAUUUAACAAGCCUCACCAUACAGUUCUACUCGCAAAAAUGCUGCUGAUGGACUCCAUUCAAAAGUCCAAGAACUUCUUUCACAAAACAGUUGAGAACCUUAAAUCUCUCUGCUUUGUAGGAUACCAAAAGCUAUCCAAACCACCCCUCCUAGUCCUAGACCCCUUCUCUUGCACUGGUGGCAGCAGAAAAAAGCACCGAAAAGAUCAAUUCUACACUGACUUUUCUAACGAUUGGGAAGUCUGUCUUGAGGAGGCAAAGGUGAGAGAGCAGAACGAUGCCAUGACAUUGAAAGGGCAAAUGAGGGAAGAAGAUGCAUAUAGUGGAAGCUCCAUGGACUUUGCAGAUAAGAAUCUUGUAAAGAACGAAAAACAAAAUGGAGGAAAAGAGGAGAUAAAGAAAGUGGGAAGUUCACAAUUGAUUAAGGGAGAGGAACAGUAUUAUUACAAGAGAAAUGGAGGAGGUUAUGCAUUAGCACAAAAGAUGAAGGACUUAGAGAUGAUGGAUGUUGGCGAUAUGGAACAUGUAUUGGAUGUAGAAGAGGCACUCCAUUAUUAUUCUCGGCUUAAAAGUCCAGUGUACCUUUCUAUUGUCGACAGGUUCUUCACGGACAUGCACUCAGAGUUCUGCGUUCCACAGGCCUCUGCCAGCGUCAACAGUUCAAAGCGAAGAUUCAGAUCAAUUAGGUUGUAGUUUCAUGUCUCUUGCACCUUUUCCUGUGCAUAUGAAUCUGUUUUCUUAUCCUAAAUUCUUAUGUUUUGUGUGUAUGCCUGCGCUCUUCUGCUACUUCAGCUUACUGUUCUAUUUCUCUUUGAUUGUUAUAGUUUGCUUGAGAGUGCAUUGUUACCAAUAAAGCAUGGAAGUUUCAUACCAAGAUUUCAGUAUUGUAUAUUUGCAUUGCAUGUUAUUCAUAUAUUAUCAGAU